CUUUUCUUGAAUGUACCUCAACCAAUCAAAGUUGCUGAAAGUCACCAGGAGAACCACUUCGGCGACACCCCUUGGCCUGACCUGCGAGUCAAUCAAAACAACCAAUAUUUUCCUCAUUUGUUGACCGUGACAACUAUCUGAAAGUCUCGCGUUCUUCUUCCUAAUUGCAGUUUUUGUACUGAGUAGUUUGAGCUGUUUGACUGAACGUUGUUUCUCCCUCUAAUUGCCUUGCGACUAACCGGCGAACAACAAGCAGCUGACUGAACACGGUGUAGCCUGCUGCUAGCCGACUGUUUUCUCCAGUCCCAACUGUUCUUUGUCUCUUGUCUACCAACAAGUUAGCCACAGCCUCCAAUUCCCAGUUGUGUUUGCUGACACUGGCUCACUGUCUGAUUUUAACCGACUGACAAGAUUUAACUACACCAAAAUAGGCGGCUUUGGAACCAAGAUGUCCAACCGAGUGGUGUGCAGAGAAGCAAGUCACGCCGGGAGCUGGUACUCUGCUUCGGGAGCCCAGCUGAAUGCACAACUUGAGGGCUGGCUGUCCCAAGCACAGUCUGCAAUCAAACCCGCUAGAGCCAUCAUAGCCCCGCAUGCAGGUUAUACCUACUGUGGUGCUUGUGCCGCACAUGCCUACAAGCAGGUUGACCCUUCUGUUACUCGUAGGGUGUUCAUCCUCGGACCCUCUCACCAUGUGCCCCUAUCCCGCUGUGCCCUAUCAUCAGCAGACGUCUAUAGAACACCUUUGUAUGACCUGAGAAUCGACCAGAAGGUUUAUAGUGACCUCUGGAAAACAGGGUUGUUUGAGAGGAUGAGCAUGCAGACAGAUGAAGACGAACACAGUAUUGAAAUGCACUUGCCUUAUACUGCAAAAGCCAUGGAAAGCCACAAAGAUGAAUUUAGCAUUGUUCCCGUGCUUGUGGGUGCACUGAGCGAGUCCAAGGAACAAGAGUAUGGGAAGCUGCUCAGUAAAUAUCUGGCAGACCCUUCCAACCUUUUCAUCAUCUCAUCCGACUUCUGCCACUGGGGUCAGCGGUUCCGAUACACAUACUACGAUGAAUCACAAGGGGAAAUCUACAGGUCAAUUGAGCAUCUGGAUAAAAUGGGAAUGGGCAUUAUAGAACAGUUGGAUCCCAUGUCUUUUACCAACUACUUGAAAAAGUACCGCAAUACCAUCUGUGGGCGUCAUCCGAUUGGAGUGCUACUAAAUGCUGUAGCUGAGCUGAGGAAGAGUGGUAUGGACAUGAACUUCAGUUUCCUGAACUACGCUCAGUCGAGUGAGUGCAGAAACUGGCAGGACAGCUCCGUUAGUUACGCUGCGGGGGCGCUCAUCGUUCAUUGAGGUCGACGAUCGCAGGGGUUACUGCAGCAUCGCAGCCCUGCCAUUGAUUAUCUAUCGCCAUAAUCUGAUCUAUACACUCGAGGCUGACAUAAGAAUCCCACUCCCAUCUUUUUUUUUUCUGUUCAGGCAACCCUGUUCUAUUUUUAUUAAUAUCUGGAAAGAGUUUGGGAAUCGAUGGGAACAUGUUUUCCACUCCCAUCCUGUGUUCCGCUGUAGCCCAGUCCUGUGACAUUAAAUUAUAAUGAAAUUCCCUCUCAUCCCCCAGGACCCACGGGAACCAGUGGUAUUCCCCCCAAAAUGUCAGGCUCAAUUAUUUCACGCUUCCCUCCACAUUAACCCCCCCCCCCACCACCACCACCACCCCUAGCAUUGCCUUCGUUUUGCAGGAAGGACCCUGCCACAUCAAGCCAAUAGUCCCCUACUCUUUGUCAUCCUCCCAGCUCUCAUGUCUUUUAUUACUCUCCUCCCAAGUUUGGUAUCAGUGUCAGAGCUUCAAGUGGAAUACUUCAGUUCGAAGUUUAUUUUUGAGAUGAGGUCGGUGUAAACAUUUUGGAGGAGCUGUUAGGAUUUAACAUUUUGAUUUGGAGUUAAUGUAGGGAUAUUAUUUGGGCUCUUGCAGGGGCCAUUCUCGCUCCAUGUCCUUCUUUUGAGCUCAUUAUGGAUUUUGAGUUGUGAUAAGCAAUCUAUAUCACUUAGUGGUUUGUGCUCAUGUAACCUUCCUCAGAAAAGGAAUGAAAAUAAAUCUGCAGAUCAAGAUGGAAAUCAAUUAUAUUCAUGCUGCAGGAUAAAAACUAAAGUGUUUUUAAUUGCUGCUUCAAGCAACAUGUAACUAUGAUACCGGUUUCACGGAAAACUACUCGACAGUGUGUUGGACUUUCUAAAAAAAGGGCUGUAUUCAGUUGCGUUUACAAACUCCCUGCUUUACAAAACCAAAAACAGUUGUAGCUCACAAGACUUAAACAUAUUUUAAAUCUUAUUUAUCCUUUAGCUAGUUUUACUUGGUGUGGUUAUUUACUGAAUACAGUGUGGAUUUGGACAGAAGCAGUGCUGUCACAGAUGCUUUUUAGUCAUCAACAUAAUUUACCCUAUAAACUAGUGUCACAAAAAAACUCACAAGUCCCAAUCAUAUAUAGUAACUUGUCCUUUUAUAGAUACGAAUUCUGACGCAUGUGCAUUACCUCAAAGUAACCAAAUCUGCAAAUUGCCAGACCUUUCAUGUUGUUCCCCUACCACUCGCCCGCCCCCUCCCAACACACACACACACACACACACACACACAUACACACACUUACUGUAGGAACCAUGUAGCAUGUCACCAGCAUUUGUUUUAUUUUGACACGAAGUUCCAAAUCUUGACUCAUCAUUGUGAACAGUAUGGAUUUUUGUUUUUGAUCUGCACAAAGCUAUAACGCUUUUCUGUAGUUGGAAUUUAUCAGUCGUUACCUGUAUAACUGCUUAAAGAAAUGUGCAUCAUAACGGAUGUUAAGUGCAUACAGAAAGUGAAUGCCAGCAGUUGAUGAAUUAGGAUGGAAAUUGGUAACAUCAGUGGUGUGAAAGUGUUGGUCCUCUUCUAUAUUUCUCAUUUUUUUCACAUUGUUGGUCACACUUAAAUGUUUCUCAUGAUCAAGCAAAUUUAAACAGUCAAAGGCAAGACAGGUAAACACAAAAUGCUGUUUUUGAGCAAAUGUUUUUACUAUAAAGUGAGGGGGGGGGAUCCAAACCUACUUGGCCCUCUGAGAAAAACUGAUCGAUUCCCUAAACGGAAUAACCCUCAGUAGCAACACCUGCAAUCAAGAAUUUGCAACAACUUGCAAUGAGACCCUUCCAAUUUUGGUCCACUCAAUUUUGCAGUUAUGUUGUAGUUCAGCCACAUUGGAGUGUUUUUGAGCAUGAACAGCCUUUAAAAGGUCAUGCCACAGGAUUUCAAUUGGACUGAGGUCAACACUUUGACUGGCCCACUCCUAAAUCUUCAUUUUGUUGGACUUCCUGAUGUGUUUUGGAUCAUUGUUCUGCUGCAUAAACUAGGUUGGUUUGAGCUUGGGGUCACAAACAGAUGGGUGGACAUUCUACCUCUGGAUUUUUUUGGUAAACAAAAGAAUUCAUGGUAAUAUCUCUCACAGCAAGCUGUCCAGGUCCUGAAGUAUCAGAAAAGCCUCAAACCAUCACACUGCUAUUAUCACAUUUUAAGUGUUGGUAGGAUCUUUGAAUGGUGUUACUUUUACACCAGAUGGAAUGGGACUCACACUUGGCAACCAAUCAAUUUAAAUAUUUGUCUUGUCAGACAAAAAAGAAAUUUCCCCAAAGUCUUGGGGUUUAUCAAGACGUCUUUUGGUACAGUGUCUUGUGAAAGUAUUCGGGCCCUUCGAACUUUUCAACCUUUCGCCACAUUUCAGGCUUCAAACAAAAAUAAAAAAAAUAGUCAAGAAUCAACAAGUGGGAUACAAUCGUGAAGUGGAAUGAAAUUUAUUGGAUAUUUUACACUUUUUUUUUAACAAAUAAAAACCGUAAAAGUGGGGCGUGCAAUAUUAUUUGGCUCCCUUGGAUUAAUACUUUGUAGCGCCACCUUUUGCUACAAUUACAGCUGCAAGUCGCUUGGGGUAUGUCUCGAUCAGUUUUGUACAUUGAAAGAGUGAAAUUUUUCCCCACUCUUCCUUGCCAAACAGCUCGAGCUGAGUGAGGUUGGAUGGAGAGCAUUUGUGAACAGCAGUCUUCAGCUCUCCUCCCAGAUUCUCGAUUGGAUUCAGGUCUGGAGUUUGACCUGGCCAUUCUAACACCUGGAUACAUUUAUUUUUGAACAAUUCCAUUUUAGAUUUGGCUUUAUGUUUUGGAUCAUUGUCCUGUUGGAAGAUAAAUCUCUGUACCAGUCUCAGGUCUCUUGCAGACUGCAACAGGUUUUCUUUCAGAGUGGUCCUGUAGUUGGCUCCAUUCAUCCUCCCAUCAAUUUGAAACAUCUUCCCUAUCCCUGCUGAAGAAAAGCAGGCUCAACCCAUGAAGCUGCCACGACCAUGUUUGACAGUGGGGAUGGUGUGUUCAGGGUGAUGAGCUGUGUUGCUUUUAUGCCAAACAUAUCGUUUUGUAUUGUGGCCAGAAAAUUCGAUUUUGGUUUGAUCUGACGAGAGCACCUUCUUCCACAUGUUUUGUGUGUCUCCCAUGUGGCUUGUGGCAAACUUUACACAAACAUUUUUAUGGAUCUUUGAGAAAAGGCUUUCUUCUUGUCACUCUUCCAUGAAGGCCAGAUUUGUGCAGUAGAUGACUGAUUGUUGUCCUAUGGACAGACUCUCCCACCUCAGCUCUAGAUCUCUGUAGUUCAUCCAGAGUGAUCAUUGGCCUCUAGGCUGCAUCUCUGAUCAGUCUUCUCCUUGUUCGAGGGGAAUGUUUAGAGGGACGUCCGGGUCUUGGUAGAUUUGCAGUGGUCUGAUAUUCCUUCCAUUUCAAUAUGAUUGCUUGCAGAGUGCUCCUUGAGAUGUUUAAAGCUUGGGAAAUCUUUUUCCGGCUUUUAACUUUUCCACAACAGUAUCUCGGACCUGUCUGGUGUGUUUUUUGGUCUUCAUGAUGGCCUCUGCACUUUAAACAGAACACUGAGACUAUCACAGAGCAGGUGCAUUUAUAUAUGGAGACCUCAUUACGCACAGGUUGAUUCUAUUUAUCAUCAUUAGUCAACAUUGGAUCAUUCAGAGAUCCUCACUGAACUUCUGGAGUGACUUUGCUGCACUGAAAGUAAAGGGGGCGAAUAAUAUUGCACACCUCACUUUUCAGUUUUUUAUUUGUUAAAGUAUAAAAUAUCCAAUAAAUUUGGUUCCACUUCACGACUGUGUCCCACUUGUUGAUUCUUGACAAAAACCUAAAAUUUUAUAUCUUUAUAUUUGAAGCCUGAAAUGUGGCGAAAGGUUGAAAAGUUUAAGGGGGCCGAAUACGUUCACAAGGCACUGUAAAAUUGAGAUGACACUUAAAUGUUUUUUUUUUGGGGGGAGGCGGGGGGUGCUCUGUAGUGUAGUGACAUCUUAGAUGAGUUGUCAAUAGGCUCGUGGGGUAAUUUUGGUCGGCUGGCCACUCCUGGCAAGGUUCACUACUGUCACUAUUAUGUUUUUGCCAGAUAUAGAUAAUUGCUCUCUCUGUGGUUCACUGAAGUCCCAAAGCUUUAGAAAUGGCUUUAUCUUUUCCACACUGAUAGCUCUCAAUUACUUUCUAAUUUGUUACAGAUUAUUCUUUGACUAAGAUUUUAAUUUCAUAUUUUUUGAUGAUGGGAAACAUUUAAGUGUAACAAAUGUGCAAAAACAAGAAGUAAAGAAGGGGCUAACCCUUUUCCCCACGACUAUUUCCGGCAGCACAUAGUUUCCAUCAUCUCAGCAUUUGACAAUUGUUACUUUUGAUGGGCUUCUCUACUGGAUGUUUCUGCUCAAAUGCUGAACAUAAAUGAGUACUAUAACCCCCUUUGAAAAUUUAUCUUUUUAUCCAUUUCUCAAUAAACACAAGAACAAUUUUCCGGGUAUGAUGAUGAUUAUUCGGCUGUAGUUGAAAUUUUAAUUGAACAAUUUUCCUAAUCUGAAAUUGUAAUUUUGUGUGUGUACACAUUUUUGGACCUUUUAAAUGAAAAAAUAUUAUUUAAAAAAUAAAUUUUUCGUCUCCAUGAUAUUGUCAUAUUUGCAAUGCCCCACAUUUGUGGGGAUAUUUUGCUGUAAAUUAGAAAAUACUGUUUUUGAGAGGAAACUCAAGGUUUUCCAGAAAAUGUCUUAUGUACUCAUUUAUGUCAAGCACUGUAUGUGAUGCAGUCCUCUUUGUUUGUUGUCCUCAACACCAGGAGAGAGAUUAGAGUAAAUAAAGGUUGGAAAUGUGUGGGCACAAACCAAGAAUUUCAAUCACCAGUCUCUUGGUCUGGUGUUGAUUUCAAACCCAUAAAACAUGACACACUGGGUUGGUUGUUGUGCCUUUUUUUUUUUAAAUCACUGUUGCACAAACACAUUUAAAGUAUAUUUUCACAAAUAGAUUUUUAAAGUUAUACAGUUUCUUUUGCCAUGUGUAUGGCCCGACCCCUAACAUCCCCAACCUUGUUCACAAAAGCCACCCUCUGGGGCACAGUGUGUGUGGAGGACCCCUAAAAUCUGUUGGUCUCAAAUGGCAUAAACUGUUUUCUAAUCUACGUUUUCUAGCUGGGUGGAAGGUGGUGUGGUUGCUUCCGCCACACCAUCUCCUUCUCGCCUGAGACCUGUAGAGAGACAAAGCCUGAACCUCAGCACUGUUCUUUUGCUUAUUAUCUUUAUUUGUAUACUUUUUUUUUCUUGCUUAGAACAUGACAAUUUACACACAUCAUUAUCCGAAAUUAUAUACUACUCUCUAAAAGGAGUUUUUUAAUCUCAGGUUCCACUGGCAAAGGAUUGCAAGAGAUUUCAGACGAGGCAGAGGAUUUAUGUUACAAAGAAAGUAAAAUGUACUGAAAAGCAAGUCUGUGGUCUUGUGUUUUCUUAAAUUCCAGUUAUUCUAAAUGAAAUACAGUCCAAUUGUUAAUGUCAUUUGUUCUCUUUAAUAUGGGCUGACUGAAUUUUCUGAUACUGUAAGAAAAUGUUUCUAAUAGUUUCCAAAUCACCUGCAUGUAAAAAGUACAAUUAAUUGGGUCGGAUCGCCUGGAUUUUAAGAUCCAUUCAUAUUUGUGCAAAAUAUUUUACUUUAAAGCUACUGUAUGUGGACUGAUGGCAUGAACUGUAUUUAUUUUAGUGACCAGGAA